AAAAUUUCACUAAAAGGUGAAGGCUGCAUUUUUAUCAUGUAUUCGUGUCAUGAAAGCAAUACACCGAAAAAUAACAAUAAAAAGAAAGAGUUGACAUACCCAAGUUAAGAAUCAAUCUAGGAAGCAUUUAUAUUGCAAAAAGAAUUGAAUAAAUUAGAAAAUUAUACAAAAAGGUUCUUCCAAAGACAACCCAUAACCCCACUCCCUCUCCCUCUUACAAUGAUCGUUGUGAAACAAAAGUUAUUCUUGAAAGCUAAUGAUCGUCACCAGACACGAAACUACAGCUACUGUUCCAAAUGCAGCUCUUUGAGAUCAUGCACAAGAAGAGGGGUUAGCUCGUUUUGAAAAGGAAUUGUGUUAGGGAGUUGGAGAAGAAAGUGAGCUUUGGUGCACACAAAUUUUCACCCAAAAAGGAAGUUUGGGAAGUUGGGAAAAGAAAGUCUUGUAGCAUAGUUGGGAAAAAAAAAGUUCAUAUUUAAAUACAAUUUAUAAAUAAAUAAAAAGCAAAAAUAUUAAUAUAUUGUAAAACAGUCCCCUACAGUGAAACCCUGUUUCUGUUAAACACACUAAACCCUAACUAAAACCCUUCCUUCUGUUAUCUCCUCCAACACAACACAAUAGAACAGAACAGAAACAAAGAUGUGGGGAUGGAUGAUCAUGGAAGGUCGAAAAGCAUCUUACGAAUUGACAGCAUUUAACCUAAGACUCAUCCGUAACAUGGGAGGCGGUCCUCGUACAUUCCCCGGCGGCGUAAGCAAAUGGAAAUGGAAACGAAUGCACGAAAAACGCGCCGAAGAGAAACAACGAAAGCUUCUCGAACAAGAGAAACAACUCUACCAAGCACGCAUUCGUUCACACAUUCGUUCCACUCUCUCACCACCUUCUUCAUCCUCUUCUUCCACUCAUAACCCUAUUUCCCCUCAAGAACACAUCAAAGCCCUCGCCGAUCGUUUCAUGAAAGAAGGUGCUCAAGAUCUUUGGAAUGACCUCGACGGUCCAGUAGCCCAAACCCAAACCCAAACCCAAACACAAGCCCAAAUCUCACCGCAACAUGAUUUGCCCAAACUCGUACGCCAACCUUCCAAUCGAAAUUUGACUAAUUAUUCGCAAAUUAGGGAUUACCGCUCUUUUCCUGAGGUUAGGGAUUUGACUAAUUAUUCGCAAAUUAGGGCUUACUGUUCUGUUUCUAAGGUUAGGGGUUUGACUAAUCGGAACCAUGUUAGCAAAGAAAAGCCAGAAAAGCGUAGAAUUUGGAGGAACAAUGGUUCUUCAACUGAGAGUGAGAGUGAGGAUGAAGUGGAAUCUAAGAAUCAGGGUUACUAUUCCAAUAUGGGUAGUAUUGCUUCUUUGGGUAAAUAUGAUGUGAAGAGGGAGAGGAGAGUGAUGCCUAAGCCUUAUAACGAUGAAACUGAUUUUUCGGAGCAGGUUGAGUUGAUUAAGUAUGAGCUUAAUAAGAAGAAGUUGAGUCAGAAUGAGGAUAAUCAAGGAGACGAACAGAAGAACAUUCUUAGCCAGACAAGAUUUGACGAGUGCGCUAUAUCGCCAUUGACAAUCAAAGCACUUUCUUCAGCUGGUUACAUUCAUAUGACCCGGGUUCAAGAGAUUAGCCUCCCUAUUUGCCUUGAGGGUGUGGAUGUUAUGGUCAAGGCUAAAACUGGCACUGGAAAAACUGCAGCUUUUUUGCUUCCUGCUAUUGAAACAGUUUUGAAAGCUAUGAGUAGCAAUACCUCUCACCGUGCACCACCAAUAUUUGUUCUUAUUCUAUGCCCUACCAGAGAACUUGCUAGUCAAAUUGCUGCUGAAGCAAAGGUUUUGCUGAAAUAUCAUGAUGGCAUUGGAGUGCAGACUCUAGUUGGAGGUGUACGAUUUAAAGUUGACCAAAAACGCCUUGAAUCAGAUCCAUGCCAGAUGCUUGUUGCUACACCUGGUAGGUUGCUGGAUCAUAUUGAGAAUAAGUCUGGAAUAUCUUUACGAUUGAUGGGCAUGCAGAUGCUUGUACUUGACGAAGCUGAUCAUUUAUUGGACCUUGGGUUUCGAAAGGAUAUAGAAAAAAUUGUUGAUUGUUUGCCCCGGCAAAGGCAAUCCUUGCUGUUUUCUGCAACCAUGCCAAAGGAGGUCCGUCGAAUAUCGCAACUUGUUUUGAAAAGGGAACACAAAUAUGUUGAUACAGUUGGAAUGGGUUGCGUGGAAACUCCUGUUCAGGUGAAGCAAACUUAUCUUAUCGCUCCACAUGAAUCACACUUUCAAAUAGUACAUCAUAUUUUGAAAGAGCAUAUCUCGCAAACACCUGAUUAUAAGGUUAUUGUUUUCUGUAUAACUGGGAUGGUGACAUCACUCACAUAUCACCUUCUUCGAGAAAUGAAACUGAAUGUUAAGGAGAUACAUUCUCGAAAACCUCAGCUGUAUCGGACUCGUGUAUCAGAUGAGUUUAAGGAAUCCAAAGAAAUGAUUCUUGUCUCUUCUGAUGUUUCAUCACGUGGAAUGAAUUAUCCUGAUGUUACUUUAGUCAUACAGGUGGGAAUUCCUUCAGACCGUGAACAAUAUAUACAUCGUCUUGGAAGAACAGGACGAGAAGGUAAAGAUGGGGAAGGCAUAUUGUUGAUUGCACCAUGGGAAGAGUAUUUUUUAAAUGAGAUCAAAGAUCUCCCUCUAGAGAAAUUCCCCUCACCAGAUAUAGAUCCAAAGGAACAACUUAAGAUUGAGCAAUCCAUGGCAAAGAUUGAUAAUGACAUCAAAGAAGCAGCUUAUCAUGCCUGGCUUGGUUAUUAUAACUCCAUCAGGGAAAUUGGGAGGGAAAAGACCACAGUAGCUGAGCUGGCAAACCGGUUUUCUGAAUCAAUUGGUUUACCAAGGCCGCCUUCUCUCUUUCGAAAAACUGCACUAAAAAUGGGUUUGAAAGACAUUCCUGGCAUUAGAAUUCGUAGAUAGCUCUUCCUUGUACAUUAAAAAAAAGAAAAGAAGAAAUUGAAAAAUAUCUGUUGCAUCUUCUAAUGCAAAAAGUUGCUUCUGAAUACUGCUAAUUUAUUUUUGGAAUUGGAUGAUACUUAUAUGUUCCUCCAGGAAGUUUUAUAUAAAUUGAGAAUACACAAGCUGUUGGAAUAA